AUGACGGGACCCAAGACUAGACCGUUACCAACGGUGGGUAAGCAAGCUUGUGAUCGGUUGUUGAGUUGGUUGAUUCGGAAUCUUCGUCUUUUAACCGAGCUAUGCGAUAAGGUGGAGUCAGUACUUGCCAAGAAACCUGCACCUGAAGAUGCCAAGAAGGUCGAAAUCCAUUUGGAAUUAACCCGUUUGCUUUCGGAGGGACAAUACUCAAUUAAAACCUUGGGUAAGCUUCAACAGUCCCCAAACUGGAUUUCUGAUGUAGAAGGACACCUGAGUACGAUGAUGCAUGUGCAGGAGGCCACGGACAAUAUUCGUCUUAUUCAAGAGCAACUCCGCCAACUCCGCCAACUCCGUGAGUUGUCACUGGCGGAUAUUGACACGUCUACACCCCAGGACUUGGACCAGGCGACCGUGGAUGAGGACUUUUCUGAGACUCAGACCGAACCGACAGUGCAACAACGUUGGGCUCCUCAACACUCAACACAGGCAGGGUCGACACCCACUCGCCAGUUACAUGACGAAGGGGCUAACAACAUGAACCAAAUUAGCCCCGUGAAACGUAAAAUUGGACGUACAAAGUCUAUACAACAGGUGGCUUCAUACGGUAAUGUCCAUGUCACUCGCAGAGAGUGGUCGUUGCAGAACGCUCAAAAUCGAGCACAACCGAAUCCGACCCCUGAGGAGAUGCCGGCUAAUGGUCCGGAUUGGUAUCAGGCAUCGAACGAUAAUGUCCAUGCUUCUCGCAGAGCGCGAUUGUUGACAAACGCUCAAAAUCGGGCACAAACAAUUCCGACCCCUGAUGAGAUGCCGCCUAAUGGUCCGGAUUGGUAUCAGGACUCGAAAACUUUAGUGAAAUCGCCUGAGGAGUUACAGGAGAAUUCUCAGGAUGCGGCGAAUGUCUCUAUUGAUACGAUUGCAUACCGCAAGCACCUUCCUGUUCAUCACGAUUGCUACUUGGAAGAAUCACAGGCAGUGAUACGUCAUAAAGGCUCGGAACCUACGGAGCCUAUCAUUACUAUAUCGACAGCGGCCGAGAUGAAAAUGCAAGUUUUUCAACUGACCCAACGAAUGAUGCAGGCAGAAGCAGAUGGACGCAUAGACGAUGCGUGUGCGCUACAGGGUCUAAUUCGUGCGUCGGAUGAGACUCUGAAGACGUGUUCAAAAACGGUCAACAAACGAACAUCGAAGGAAUGGCCACCCAACCCGCAGGGUAACUAUUAUUUGGACAAUCCGCAGAAGAUACAGUUACACGCUUUUAUCUCGGAAUAG